AUGACCCACGUGCCCCUGCACCUGUGGAGGCCGCAGUUUGGCGACCCCCGCGAGGGAUCCCGCGGGGCUGUGCCCGGGACCCCCUCCCCGGAUGAAGCCCGAGGCGCGGCGCGGGUCGCCGUGCCGGAGCUGACGGGAGCCGCGCAGGCGGCGGACCCAACCACGACUGUGGCGUGCGGAGCAGAGGGCACCUCGUCCGGCAACGACCUCACGGUCUUGGCCCCCACCUCGUCCAACGAGGUGCUGGCGGCGGCCGACGAGUGGCUCUGCACGCAACCCUGCUGCCUUCCCCAUGGCCGGCCGGAGCCCUCCCCUGUACCAGCCACAGAGAACAUCAGCGUGUCUGUGCCUGCACCCCAAGAGGAGGACGACGGCAUUCCAGCGGCACGGCUCUCGCUGUUUGCGCCGGAGCGGCUGAACCUCAGGUGGGAGAGCGACGUCUGCAAGGGUGCCGGCCUGCGCAACCUGGGGAACACCUGCUUCCUCAACGCCACGCUGCAGUGCCUCGCCUACACGCCGCCGCUCGCCAACUACCUGCUGCUGCAAGAGCACUGCAGCACCUGCCAACAGAGCGACUUUUGCCUGAUGUGUGUCAUGGAGCAUCACAUUGUCAGCACGUUCAACAACUCGCAGAGAGUGCUGACACCCAAGGUCAUAACUAAGAACAUCACGCGCAUCGCCAAACACCUGCGCAUUGGGAGACAGGAAGAUGCCCACGAGUUUCUGCGAUACGUGGUAGAUGGCAUGCAAGCCUCAUGCCUCUAUGGCCACAGCGAGUGA